AUGACUGGAACCAUAUUAAAAGAUGAGCUUAGCAUCAACGGAGAGCUUAAAAAAUGUCAAGUUACAUCUACAACAGCUACUCGUCCGGUCCUCAUCUUGAUUCAAACCACCACGCUUGACCUACUACAGAUAGAAACAGUGGGUGAUAUUCAACAGCAUCGUUCAAAUCGUUCAGAUCAAUCAAAUGAAAAAUAUAAAACACAUUGGAUAAUGUCUGAUUGUAUAGAGUUUGCGCAUACUGCAGAGUAUGGGUCUGCUCAGUUAGUAUCUGGACUGAUCGUGUAUUGGCAUUUGGAUGAUCCUGCUAUGGUUCAUACACUCGCUGUUUCUGGUUUUGACCGAUUACCAAAAUUGAUCGACUUGUGUGCUGGAGCGGUGCAUUGUGUAGCAUUGACAGAGGAAGGUGAGGUAUGGACGUGGCGAAUGGGUUCUGCCACAGCAUUGCAUGGACAGCUGGGAUAUAUUGAUUCGACCGUUCUGGCUGAUGGAUUUCAAGCUCAGAUUGUUGAAGCAUUACAAGGAAUGCGCAUGGCUAGUAUAUCGGCUGGAAGACAGCAUACAAUGGUCGUGUCAAAGGACGGUACCAUCUAUUCAUUUGGAUCAAAUCGAUACAGUCAGCUGGGAAUCGCCAGUUCUCAUGGAAAGCCAGAACCUAUAGAUUUGGAUUUGGAAUCAAAUUCCAACAUAAAAUCUGAAAUUGCAUGUGGAUUCCAUCAUAGUAUUGCUACUGAUGGUACACGCUUGUAUGGGGCUGGAUGGAACUCGUACAACCAGCUGGGACGCAUGAAAGAACUGGGCUGCAUUCAUGAGAUGCGACAGUUGGAUAUUCCACUGCCAGCACAGUGCAGUAUUGUUGGAGUAUAUGCUGGUGGAUGGUCCACCUUUAUUCUUGCAACAGUGCCCUGUCUGCAAUCAAACUACCAAUCGGAAACUAUCACACACAAAAGUAUAGCUGUAAAAGAAUAA